GUCCAUAAAAAAAGCAAAGGUAGGAAAGGAUUAUAAAAAGUUUUUCUUGUGAUUGUAUUUCCACCAGAAUUACAAAUUAAAGGAUGAGUCCCUUGAAGUUAUAUUAUUCACCGAUUUCGACGCCUUCUCGUGCUGUCUUGAUGGCAAUCCGUAACAUGAACGUUGAUGUUGAGGUUGUUACAUUAAAUCUUGGCACAGGCGAACAUAAGUCGGCUGAAUUCGCAAAGAUAAACCCUCGCAUGUGCGUUCCAACAAUUGUCGACGACAAUUUCGUUUUGUGUGAGUCGAAAGCAAUUUUAAUGUAUUUGCCACAUAAAAUGGGAAUGUGUAAAGGACGUGCAUUCUAUCCGAAAUGUGCACGACAACGUGCCUUGGUUCAUCAACGUCUACUAUUUGAUUCCGUUGAUUUCUACUCAAACAUCAGUGAUCUGGUUAAUCUGUCGUUCAGUGAUGAACCGAUUUUGACAGUCAAGCACAAAGCAGCAAUUGUUGGAGCUCUAAACGUCAUGGAAACACAAUUCUUAAAUAAUGGUGACUUUUUUGUUGGCAACAGUGCAACAAUUGCUGAUUUUGCAUUCUGCUCAUCUGUUGCUGCUCUAAUUGCAAUUGGAUUCAACAUCAAUGACGAUUAUCCGAAACUUUCUGAAUGGUACGAACGAAUGGGAACCCUCAAGGGAUUUAAUGAGCUUUCAGCUGGAGCUCAACAAACCGGAGCUAUGGUUCGAAAGGGAUUGAAAAAUUCUUUUGAUGAUUUGUAAAGCUAUUGCAUUAAAUAAAAAUUGAGAUUCUGACUCAG